AUGAGUGCGAUAGCAAAAUCCUAUAGAUUUGUCGAUCAACCACUUUCUGGUGUUCACUCCGUAGGGAUAAGCACCAUCGCCUGGUGGAACGUGUAUAUAGUCCCCUAUAGAUAUGUAUCCCCUGUGUAUAAUGCUAAAGUUAAGACCUCAAGUCUCGCAAGAGCAAUUGGACUAAGACUUCAGAAGCCCAAAGACGCUGGCGUGAUCAUAGAGGCCACCAGGACAGAGAUAUCAAUACCUACAAAAUGUAUCACCAGAAAUUGA